AUGCGCUUCAAGGACAACGCGUUCGGCAAGGUAGACAGGCGCCUUGGGCCCUUAAUCACUGAAGAGCUCGACUACGCUUUAUUAGCCGUCGUGCGUAUCGUACAGCGCGAAUCGUUCGCAACCGACUUGUCUGCAGUAAGGAACUCCAAACGGUUGCCCUCGCGGAGCAAAUUAUUAAAUUUGUCGCCGAUAUUAGAGGAAGGCAUCUUGCGGGUGAGGGGACGACUUCGCCAUUCUAGUUUGUCGCACGAACGUCGUCAUCCGAUAAUCCUGCCAAGCUCUCAUCAUUUCACCGAAUUAGUAAUACGUCACUCUCACUGUCUAACCCUGCACGGAGGCGCGCAAUUGACUUUGGCACACGCGCGUCAGCGUUUUUGGAUCCUGACAGGACGGCAAGCAGUUCGAAGGGUCAUACGGAAAUGCGUUCGCUGCUUCAGAACGCGACCAACUACUACGGCUCAGCUUAUGGGAGACUUGCCCGUUCAUCGAGUCAACCCUCCUAGUCGACCAUUCAUUGCCACUGGUGUCGACUACACAGGCGCAAUAGAGAUUAAAGCAGCGCGUCUACGAGGCACUAGCUUUUACAAGGGAUACAUCGCUGUGUUCAUUUGUCUCGCAACCAAGGCGGUGCAUUUGGAGGCGGUGACAGGUCUCACCACGGAACAUUUUUUGCUGGCUCUGGACAGGUUCACCGGGCGACGAGGAAUGGUUCAGCACCUUUACAGUGACAACGGUACCAACUUUGUUGGUGCAGACAAUGUAAUGAAGACGGUGUACGGUCAGCUUCAAGCGGAUUACGAGAAGCUCAUCGCCCCCAAGCUUGCAUCGCAGCGCACAACAUGGCACUUCAAUCCUCCUCUGUCACCUAACUUUGGUGGGCUUUGGGAGGCCAAUGUAAAGUCGGUUAAACACCAUCUAAAGAGAGUCAUUGCAGAUCGUCGGCUUACCUACGAAGAGUUGUCUACGGUGCUCGUAAGCAUAGAAGCGUGUCUCAACUCAAGGCCGCUUUGUCCUCUCACGGCUGACCCGGACGAUCUAGAAGUGCUCACCCCAGCGCACUUCCUCAUCGGAGACUCAAUGCUGGCGCCGCCGGAAUAUCAACCACAAUCCAGAUCCUUCGCAGAGCAGUUCCUCAUCCAGCAGACGAUGAUACGACAUUUCUGGAAGGCUUGGAGUCGUGACUGGUUAGCGCAUCUUCAGCAAAGGCCAAAGUGGUGUCAGGAGACCGAAAGCUUUCAGCUUAACGACCUUGUCAUUAUCAAGGACGACAGGUUCCCCCCAUCGCAAUGGUUGCUCGGGCGUGUUAUGGAGGUGCACCCAGGGACGGACGCACUGGUCCGGGUGGUGACAGUUAGAACUAAGCAGGGGCAGCUGAAGCGAUCCGUAGCAAAGCUCUGUCCUCUGCCAAUCCGCGCCUAA